AUGGCAUGCAAGUUUGCCGGAGCUGAGUCUCUGGAGCAACUAUGGCAAAUUCUCGAAACAGGAACAACACUAUAUCGUGAUCUCCCCAAGGACCGUUUCCCAGACGCCCGUUUCGUACGUCGAUCAUAUGAAAGGCCGUUCAAGGCCAACACGAUUGACGAUGUAGAUGCUUUCGAUCACAAGUUCUUCAAGGUUGCCAGCCGCGAAGCCACUUUCAUGGAUCCUCAGCAGAGACUGGGGCUCCAGGUCACAUACCAAGCUCUGGAGUCAGCAGGCUAUUUCAGCCGUGACACCUACACAACGGGGACAGAGCGGGACAUUGGCUGCUACUUUGCCACAUGCACAAACGAGUAUGCUGAGAAUGUGGCUACCCAUCCACCCUCAGCAUUCUCACUUACCGGGUCAAUCCGGCCGUUUAUCGCGGGAAAGAUCAGCCAUCACUUCGGUUGGACUGGCCCUGCCAUCAUGUAUGACACAGCAUGUGCAGCGUCAGGUACAGCUAUCCAUCAAGCCUGCCAAGCCGUUGCAACUGGAGACUGCAACGCUGCCAUUGCAGGGGCCACGAACAUCUUUGUCAGCCCUGAUACCUUCCAGAACCUUGCCAGUGGCCAGUUCACAAGUCCGACAGGGGCAUCUAAAUCCUUUGAUGCUGCAGCUGAUGGAUAUUGUCGAGGAGAGGGUGUGGCAGUUGUCGUGCUGAAGAAACUUUCUGCCGCUAUUCGAGAUGGCGAUCCUAUCAUGGGAGUUAUCGCUGCUACCGGCGUUAAUCAGAAUGCAAAUGAACACUCCAUCACAGUGCCCCAUGGGCCUACUCAGAUGAAUCUGUACAGAAAGGUUCUACGGCGUGCUGGUAUGCAUGCCGAAGACAUUUCGUAUGUCGAGGCUCACGGAACUGGUACCGCCCUUGGAGAUCCAAUUGAGUCUCGAAGCAUACGAGGCGUAUUUGGCAACCAUUCUCGCCCUCACGGUGAUAAAACUUACUUGGGUUCACUGAAGAGUAACAUUGGACAUACAGAAGCUACUUCUGGAUUGUCGGGACUCAUCAAGGUUCUUUUAAUGAUGCAAAAGGGAAUAAUCCCACCACAAGCAUUAUUAAAGAACCUUAAUCCAGCCAUUGGACCCAUGGAACCCAGUGGAAUGGCCAUUGCUACAAGCAAGGUUCCCUGGAACGCUCAAUUCAAAGCUGCAUGCAUCAAUAAUUACGGCGCAUCGGGAACCAAUGCCGCAAUGAUCGUUGCUCAACCACCGAAUAUCAAGAGCCGAUCUUCGUCCACAUCGGUGGCGACCUAUCCCGUGUCAUUAACGGCUUUCAGCCCUUCAAGCUUGGCAGCAUAUUGCUCCGAGUUGCUGAGUUUCAUCAGCCAAUCAGACUCACCCAGCGAUGACUUGGCAUUGGGCAUUGCUUACCACUUAUGGCGUCGCAGGAACCCCAGUUUGCCAUACACUGCAUGCGCAACCAUUUCGUCGCUUCAAGAGCUCAAGGGUUUUCUCUCAUCUACAAUGUCUACGGCACCUCUUAAGAGUGAAAACAAGCAGCAGCCGGUUGUGUUGUUCUUUGGAGGGCAAACUGGCAAGAUGGCUACCGUCCCUCGGUCUUUUUACGAGUCUUCUGCCAUCUUCCGCAAGCAUCUGGAUGAUUGCGAUGCUACGUUGCGUGCACUUGGAUCUCCGAGUGUCUUCCCGGAUGUAUUUGAGUCAGGUCCACAUGAAGAUGUUGUCCUCCUCCAUUCUAUAUUAUUCAGUGCGCAGUAUGCGAGCGCCAUGGCUUGGAUAGACUGUGGGCUUCAACCAGCUCGGCUUGUCGGUCACAGCUUUGGCCAACUCACAGCUCUCUGUGUAUCAGGAGUAUUAUCGCUUCAAGACAGCUUGCAACUGAUUACUGGACGUGCCAGAUUGAUCAAGGAGCACUGGGGAAAUGACUCUGGCUCAAUGAUUGCAAUCGAAGCGGAUCUGGACACGGUAAAGAGUCUUUUGGCGCAACAUGCUCAUCUCGGACUCGAUAUCGCUUGUUAUAACGGGCCGCAAAGUUUCGUUAUCGCAGGUAGCACUUCUUCAGUUGACGCUCUGGAAGCCUUCUUAAAGUCUGCACCCCAACCAUUCCAGGCGAAACGAUUGCGAGUCACAAAUGCCUUCCACUCUUCCUUGACAGAGCCCCUACUCCAGCCUCUUCAAGACAUUACCGAACAAUUAAACUUCCACUCUCCGAGAGUCCCCUUGGAGACUUGCUCUGAUAUUGGAACUUGGGAGACUGCCACUCCAGCUCUCGUCGCGUCACACAUGAGGGAUCCAGUAUACUUCCACCAGGCAGUAGAGAGGAUUGCGGAAGAGCUUGGCCCCUGUACAUGGGUUGAGGCUGGCUCAGGCUUCGGUGCACCCAUGGUACGGCGAGCUCUCGGAACACGAGCAUCUGCAAACAACAUCAAGUCCAUGAGUUUAGAAUCUGCGUCACCCAUAGAGGUCCUGGCAGAAAUGACAGCGCAGCUUUGGGAACUCGGUCUGGCCAUACAGUACUGGCCAUUCCACCACAGCCAACAACAGCAAUAUAAGGUACUGAAUCUUCCUCCAUACCAAUUUGACAAAGCCCGUUUCUGGCUUGAAUGGAAAGAUUUGGCCCCUCCAGCGAUCGAGGUUCCAGUUCCAGUCUCAGAGCCAGCAUCACUCCUACAGCUGCUACAAAAGACCAAUGAUGGAGGCGAAUUUCGCAUCAAUACUCACUGCGAGAGUUGGCAAACCAUCUGCUCCGAGAACUACAUUCUUGAUGUUCAGAUCUGCUCCAUUUCUUCGAUAAUGAAUUUAGUCUCCAAAGCUAUUGACACAAUCCAAAAUUCUCCCGCCCAAAAGAACAAUGUUUACAAUGUGGAAUACUUGGCACAACAGAGUCCGAUACCCGCCAAGUCAGAGGAUAAUCUCAGUCUGACAGUCGCCAGAGUCAAACAUUCGCAGUCUUGGAACUUUACGAUUACGAACGCUGCCAAUUCCAAUCGAACGUACGUUUCUGGUAUUGUCUCCGCUCCUUCAGUGAGCAGUGAGAGAGUCAAGGCGGAUUUUGCUCGCUUCCGUAGACUCAUUGAUACUACUCUUAUCAAAAAUCUUACGAAUGACGACGAAGCGGAUUCCGUCAAGGGAAAAGCUGUCUAUAAGAGCGUUUUGAACGUCUUCCAAAUCCCAAAAUCUGGGCAGUCAGUCAAGGAAGUGUCUGCCAAAGGCAACGAAGCUGCAGGCUACCUGGUGUCUUCAUUCAAUAACAAGUAUGAAGCCAUUGAGCAUUUCAUCCAAGUUCCUCUGCUCUGCUUAAACGGCUUGCAAGACCACGAAGACGAUGAGAUUUAUGUCAAUAUGGCAAUGGGACAAGUCAUAUUUCAAGAUUCUCUUGAUUUGUCGUCUGGUAAGAACACUUCUUGGGCGGUAUAUCUCAAAUUCUUCGGACUUGAUGGCCCAGAGACGACUUGCGAUAUUUUUGUAUGCGAUACACAGAGUGGUCAGCUAUCUGCGGUUAUUCUGGACGUAACAUUCGCCAAAUUACAGGUUGAAUCCCUACGACAAGCUCUCGGUGGCUCUACCACGGUUACAACCUCUCAGUCUAAUAAGCGGGCUACAAUUACACCUCCUCAGUCCAGCAGACCUAUUGCAAUCGCAACCCCACAGCCUACCAGGCAUAUUACCAUUACUGCUCCUCCUUCAAAUGCGUCUUCCACUAUUCCAUCCCCUCAAUUCACUCCGAGACGUCACUCAAUUUCAUCAGAGGAGGUAAUUGAAGACGUUGAACCCGCCACUACACGACCUCAAACUCCGGAUUCAUCCGUGGACAAUGAGUCAAUCCUGUCACCAGACUUGCCGGAUGUUUCAAAAUUGCUGUUCGAGUUGCUUGGCCGCAUUGCUGACGUAGAUGUUGGCUGCCUUCGCAGCGACAUUUCCAUUUUUGACCUCGGCAUCGAUUCAUUGAUGGGAAUGGAAGUUGCGGACGAGAUCAGCAAAGUCUUCUCUAUCAAAAUCGGCGUACGAGAAUUUGAGAGUGCCCACAAUGUCGGCGCUUUGUGCAAACUCAUUGCGGAGCGAACAAGUGGCUUCUUUUACAAUUCGGAAGUUAGUUCAAGAUCUCCAUCUGAUCCAGAUACGACUGGGUCCAAGAACACAACACUAACUUCCGCUACGUCUAGCAUGAAGGUUUCAGGCCAUGAGGAUCCACGACCAACUAAGGAACUAUCCACUGCGGCUCACAAAGCUUUCGACCUAAUACGUGAGGAAUUCGAUGUUAUUGCCCAAGAAACGGGGUGUGACAGGUUCUGCUCAGAAGUCCAUCCCUCUCAAGCGGGCUUGAUUGUCGCCUACAUCACUGAGGCAUUUGCCAAGCUUGGGUGCGACCUUUCCACCAUCAACGCCAGCCAGAAGAUUCCGAAUAUACCCCACUUACCAAGAAACGAGAAGCUCAUGGCUCAGUUAAUGCGCGCUCUUCGGGAUGAUGGUCUCCUCACUCAAGUUCACAACGACUGGGUUCGUACGUCUAAAGCUGUGGCUCUUCAACCAACUUCAUCCGAGAGAUAUGACCGAAUAAUUGCUGAAUUUCCACAAUUUGCGCCUGAACACAAGCUCCUGCACGUUGUUGGCUCCAAGUUGGAUGAGUGUCUCUCUGGCGAGUUGGAUCCACUUGUAUUGCUUUUUGGUAGCCCAGAAAAGCGCAAGUUGAUGGCAGACCAGUACCUCAUCGCCCCCAUACAGUCUUCUGUAUCUCAGCAGCUUGUGAGCUUCAUCAAGACAUGUUUCGGCUCACAGACACUACCCCAGACUGUCCGGGUGCUGGAAAUCGGAGGGGGCACCUGUGGGACUACUCUUCCUGCAGUCAAGGCGUUUGCUCAGCUUGGCAUCUCUGUCGAGUAUACUUUUACCGAUAUUUCAUCUUCUUUCAUUACAGCAGCUAAAUCCAAACUACGAGAUCACACGUUUGUUAAAUUCAGAACCCUUGACAUUACGCAAGACCCUUCCACGGAUAUAAAGGGCUAUUUCGACAUGAUCAUUGCAACAAACGUCAUGCAUGCAACCCCCGAUGUUUGCAAGAGUUCAUCAAACGCUCGCCAACUGCUACGUGCAGGUGGAUUCCUCACUCUUGUGGAAUACACUUGGAGGAAUUAUUAUCUCCUUGAUGUCAUUUUUGGACAGCUAGAUGGAUGGUGGCUCUUCAACGAUGGUAGAGACCAUGCUACUAUGGACGUGAGUGACUGGAAGAAGACCCUUCUUCGUGCCGGCUUCGGGGAGGUAGAUUGGACAGAAGGACAAACUGAGGAGUCCAAGAUCUGCAGGAUCAUAUUAGCUUAUUGA